UUUUUUUUUAAUUUAAGCCGUGAGAGAUAGUGUUGAACUUAUUGAUGUAUUAUUUUUCUUUCUUUCUUUGGCUGCUUCACUUCAAAUCUCUCUUUCCAAGUUCUUGUAUUCAAGGACAGCCACCCUGAAUUCAAGGAUGAAGCACCGAGAGGGACUAAAUGGUCUCUGAAUGUUAUUGCUUCUAAUGACAUGUUUUGCCCAUUUAUUGUUUGACAAAGAAGCUGAUCUCAUUGUGCCGUGGACGACAGUGUGAGAUGCUGUUGGUAAAAUAUAUACAAUUAAACUUAAAAAAUGAGUCCCUUCCAACUGGUUUUAACCAGCCAUAAAACAAGGGCUCUGAAAUUAUUUUGUGAAAGGACCUUUUCUUCUAGAUCUUCCUGAAAGCCUUCACUCCCUCCUUGGCUUUUUUAAUAUGCUUUUCUUGGCCAAAGGCUUGAAGGGCUAGCUUAAUUACAUCAUGCUCCUGAAUAAAUGUGAUGUACUAAGCUUUUGUGUCACGCAGACCUUUAAAAUAAGAGAAAUUAUAGGGUAGCGAAAAGAGGGAAUAAUUCCAGGCCAAGCUGCCCUUCUGCCUAGGAUCAAAACCUGCGUAUUUCCUCGGAAACUUCUUUUAUGGGGUAAAACGCGGCCACAUGCAAUGCUGUUUAUAAUCAUUCCUAGAAGAACUGUGUUGCCAUCUGCAACGUUCACAACUGCAUGAAUACAGCUGUGAGGUUUGCGGGUCAGCGCACCCUGCUCAUUUCCUAGGAACAUCCCCCCUUUUCUUAACAGGAGACUGGGGAACAAAUUGCAAUCAAGCAGUGUCGCCAGGAACUCAGCCCACGCAACAGAGAACGAUGGUGUUUGGAAAUACAGAUCAUGAAACGUCUGAAUCACCCGAAUGUGGUGGCGGCUCGGGAUGUCCCCGAAGGAAUGCAAAGCCUGGCACUCAACGACUUGCCUCUGUUGGCCAUGGAAUACUGCCAAGGCGGAGAUCUCAGGAGGCAUCUGAACCAGCUUGAGAACUGCUGCGGCUUGCGUGAAAGAGCGAUCCUGGUCUUGUUGUCAGACAUUGCCUCUGCUCUCCGAUACCUUCAUGAGAACAGGAUCAUCCACAGAGACCUGAAACCGGAGAACAUUGUCCUGCAGCAAGGAGAUGAGCGGCUGAUACACAAGAUCAUUGACUUAGGCUAUGCCAAAGAACUGGAUCAAGGCAGCUUGUGCACUUCCUUUGUUGGGACAUUACAGUACUUGGCACCGGAACUGCUGGAGCAGCAGAAAUACACGGUAACAGUGGAUUACUGGAGCUUUGGCACAUUGGCCUUUGAGUGUAUAACAGGCUUUCGACCAUUUCUUCCCAACUGGCAGCCCGUUCAGUGGCAUGCAAAGGUCCGACAGAAGAGUGAGCUAGAUAUUGUUGUGUACGAAGACUUGUCAGGCGAAGUGAAAUUUUCCAGCAGACUGCCCUACCCCAACAAUUUGAACAGUGUCUUGGCUGAUAAGCUGGAAAAAUGGCUGCAGCUUAUGCUCAAAUGGCAUCCGCGGCAGAGAGGAACCGACGCCUCCUACGGCCCCAACGGCUGCUUCAAGGCACUGGACGAUAUCUUGAACUUAAAACUGGUACAUGUCUUAAACAUGGUGACGGGCAUCAUGCACUUAUAUCCUCUGGCAGAGGAAGAGGCCUUGCAGAGUGUGAAAGCCAAAAUUGAGGCAGAUACCGGCAUCCCAGAGCAAGACCAGGAGCUGCUGCAGGAAGGGGGAUUAGCAUUGUUUCCUGAGAAACCAGAUAUUCAGUAUCUAGCAGACAUAAAGCUAAGUGAUGCCUCAGCUGCUGACACGGGUCUCUUUUUCCUCUUUGACAACCGGAAAGUCACCUAUGAGUCUCAGAUUUCCCCACGACCCCACCCAGAAAGCAUUAACUGCAUUCUUCAGGAUCCCAAGAGAACCCUCUCCUUCUUCCAGCUGCGCAAAGUGUGGGGCCAGGUCUGGCAUGCCAUCCGAAGUCUGAACGAGGACUUCAAUCAGCUUCAGAACGGUCAACGAGCAGCCAUGAGGAAUCUUCUGCGGCAUAACAGCACACUCUCCAAGAUGAAGAACACCAUGGCCUCUCUGUCUCAGCAGCUGAAAGCAAAACUGGACUUCUUCAAAGCAAGUAUCCAGAUUGACCUGGAGAAGUACAACGAGCAGGUUGAAUUCGGAAUCACCUCUGAGAAAUUGCUUCUUGCCUGGAAAGAAAUGGAGCAGGUUGUCGAGCUGUGUGGUAGGGAGGAAGAUGUUGAACAGCUGGUGAAAAAGACCAUGGCCCUCCAGACAGACAUUGUCGACCUGCAAAGAAUCCCACAAGGCCGGAAACAAGGGAGCUCUUUGGAUGACCUUGAGGAACAAGCGAGGGAUUUGUAUCGGAAGCUGAGGGAAAAACCACGAGACCAAAGAACGAGUGGAGACAGCCAGGAAGUUGUACGACUGCUCCUCCAGGCGAUCCAGACCUUUGAAAAGAAAGUCCACUUGCUCUAUGGUCAGCUCAGUAAAACAGUUGUCUGCAAGCAAAAGGCACUGGAGUUGUUUCCUAAAGUGGACGAGGUGAUGAGCUUGAUGAACGAAGAUGAGAAAACUGUGGUCAGGCUUCAGGAGAAACGUCAGAAAGAACUCUGGAACCUGCUGAAAAUUGCCUGUAGUAAAGUGCGUGGGCCCGUCAGUGGUAGUCCAGACAGCCCAUCGCGUCUUAGUAACCCUGGUCAGCAGAUCUCAGCUCCACCAAGUAACUUAACAGACGUUGGGAAUAAAAGUGAGGAGCUCCUGAAGGAAUCAGAAAGCCUCUGCAGUCAGUUAGAGAAUGUGAUGGUUGACACAAUGAAGGAUCAAGAACACAGUUUUAUGACUUUGGACUGGAGCUGGCUGAAACUUCAAGCGGAAGAAAGAGAGAAUCUACAACAAACCCAAAUGUGAUCUUUACUGAACUGCUGAACGAUUUAUCUUUUUCUUUAUGCUGGUGUCUUGAUGGGAUGCCAGCUGCUGUUUUUGAUGAGGCAACGGUUGCUUGCUGCUAAUCACAAGAGUGGUGCAUUUUACUUUCAAUCCUUUGUGUAUAAAAUGAAUUGGUUUUCUGUAC